AUGACCUCUGUGGCAGACACCGAGCACACGCCGAUCCUUUGCGUGGCUCCGCUUCUCGCUUUGGGGCUGCUCGCCCUUUACAUAUAUCGUGAAUGCUUGGACUAUCUCGAGAGGACUCCUGCAAGAGAUGUGCUUCGUGAAGACAUCUGCGAGUGCUUACUCACACCCCAACUGGCGCAGGCAUCGGUUCCCUGGUACAAAAAGUGGGGCCGAAAAUGUCAUCAACUCUGCAUCAGAAAAGCCGAAGAUCACAAGGAGGACAUCCUCCUCGCCUUCCACUACUAUACCUUGAUGUACGUUGUGUGCGGAUACCUGAUUUGCACUGAACUUCGGAGCAGUUACAGGCUCCUGCAGCCAACGAACUGGCUGGAUCCUGGCAGCAUUCGCGAGGCGUUUCACGACGACGAGAAGGAGAAACGUUUGCCAGAGUGGUGGAAGCAGGAGCUGCGACACCUGCUUCCCACUGGAUUCCAUCCACUGCGCUUUUUCUCUCUCUUAGCCCCUUUGUUCUUGCUGCUCACAUACGGCGUAUGCUUCGCCAACACGGCACGCCAUGUAUACAAAAUGUGGACGAAGGGUGGCGUGCUUCGCGGAAACCCUGGGAUGGACAGCAGCAUCAUGAUUAUAGCACUGCCAAUGAUUUCGUGCAUGAUGGCUUACCGCUCGGUGACACGAAUGUGGAUGAUCUGUAUCAACAGCAAAGUCGGUAGCCUCGGCUAUGUUGAGGACUUCGAGGGAAACAAGACAUGGCUUGCACGUCUUGUUGUUUGCCAAAACAUGUACGAUACCAACUUUCUUUUGGCAGAUGUUUAUGAGUCAUGGGCGCUGCUGCACUUCGCUGAUUUGGCAUUGCAGAUCAUUUCGGCCUCGGGGAACACCUCGGAUGAAAGGACGACGAAGCUGGACAAGAGCCUCCAAGACUUGACGAAGCAAGGCAUCUACCUCUUCAAUGGAACCUGCUUGAUGGAAGCUUUGUACCAUUUGGUGACUACGUCCGUGGAAGCCUACCUUGGUGGAGAUUACACGUUGUCGUUCAACAAGAUCGUGUACCGCAUUCGCUCGAAAGUACACUUCUUAUUCCUGGGGAUGGGUAGUGUUGCGUCAACUGCGGCCAUUGGUAACGUGGUUACAGUCGAGCGGACAUUUUCGGAGUCUUUGAUGUGCUUCGAACCGCAUAUGAAGUUCUGGUCCACCAAGAUUCUACUGACUCUCGGGUUUAUGCAGUCACUGCUCCUGGAGAUUCCGCCGCUGUCCUACCUGUCUGUAACGGAGAAGGACCUUUUCUACGCAUCAGUCCUCUGUGCAGAGUGCUUUGGGGUCAGUCUCCUCCUCUGGCGUGCCUGGAACCCUUCGGAGCGAUGGCUGGACGUCUUGAAAGAGCUUGUCUCGAAGAAGAGUUGA